AUGCCUUCGGCCGCAACCCCGUCAAACAACCCCUCGGACACGCCAGCAGCUACGAACGGCGACGAAGACAGUACCUUCCUCCAAGCCCCCGGGAAACAGACUUUCACCAACCCCCCGCGCGUUCUCGUCAUCGGGGCCGGGUCUCGUGGCACAGCCUAUGCCCGAGCCGCCCUCGACUCCACGAACAGCGUCAUUGCCGCAGUCGCCGAGCCUAUUACCUACAAGCGUGCCGAGUUUGGAAGAAAGUUCAUCUGGAAGGACGGGCAGCCCGAGCCUGAACAGGAAUUUUCUGACUGGAAAGCAUGGGUCAAAUACGAGAAGAGCAGGCGCGAGAGAGAACGAGCCGGUGAGGAGGUGGAGAAGGGUGUGGAUGCUGUCUUUGUCUGCGUGCUGGAUGAGAUGCAUGAGGAGGUUGUGUGUGGGAUUGCGGAGCUGAAGGUGCAUAUCUGUUGUGAGAAGCCGCUGGCUACGAGGCUGCAGAGCUGCAUGAACAUCUAUCGGGCACUGAAGGACGCAAGUCGGGAGGGUGCAAAUGGGCAUGUGAAUGGAGAGCCGGGUCAGGUUGGGCGGAAGGAAGAGACGGUGUUUGGGAUCUGUCAUGUGCUGAGGUACAGUCCACACAACAUGAUGUUGAGGCACUUGGUGCUGGAGAAGGACGUUAUCGGAGAUGUGUUGAGUAUUGAACAUGUCGAGCCGGUUGGAUGGUGGCACUUUUCGCACAGCUAUGUGAGAGGUAACUGGAGGAAAGAGUCCAAGACCGCCCCAUCCCUUCUUACGAAGUCAUGCCACGACAUCGACUUUCUCAUGUGGAUGCUCUGCUCUCCUCCUCCGAAUGCCAAUACCAAACCGCAUCUGCCAUCUUUCUUGACCUCAACAGGGUCCAGGAAAUACUUUCGCAAAGAGAGGAAACCACAGUCAGCUGGAAGUGCGACCAACUGUCUGUCAUGCCCUCAUGAGCAAGACUGUCUCUACAGUGCAAAGAAGAUUUAUAUGGAGAGGCACCUGAACUCUGGCAACACGGGCUGGCCUGUCAAGAUCGUCAACCCAGAGAUCGAAGAGAUCUAUAAAACGACCGGGAAGGACGCCGCGGCAAACCAAUUGUUGAAGGACCUCAGCGAAGAUUACACGACCGACACCCCAGCUGAAGAAGUCGAAGCGCGGCCUUGGUUUGGAAGAUGCGUUUGGGACGCAGAUAAUGAUGUCUGCGACGAUCAGUGCGUGACCAUUACCUGGGACGACGAUCCUCUCAUCAAUGAUGAGAAUGGAAGCCAGACAUUGAAGGGACGCGGUGCAAAGACAGCGCAGUUUCACAUGGUCGCUUUCACGGAGAAUAUCUGUCAAAGAAGAGGGAGGAUCUACGGCACCAAGGGAGAAAUUGAGUACGACAGCGCAACCAUCAAGGUACACGACUUUUCAACCGGCUACACCAAAGUCCACAAACCCCAUCUUGCAGUCGGCGGGCACGGGGGAGGAGACGAAGGGCUAGCGCGACAGUUCCUGAUGGCGGUCGAAGCGGUCGAUUCUCAGGGAAUGUCGGCGGCAGACGCCCAGCGCAAAUUCCUCGGAUGUGACCUUGAUGAAGCGUUCCGGAGCCACGCAAUGGUCUUCGCAGCUGAAGACGCUCGUACGAAGCGUCAGGUCGUCGGCUGGAAGAAAUGGUGGGCCGAGGAAGUGGAGUCGAAAUUACACCAGCGGUAA